AUGACGGAAGCCGCAAUGAAAGCAUUAAACUUAAAACAGCUUUUGGAAGAUUUUGGAGUGAAUAAAAAAGCUGUACCAAACUACAACAAUAAUUUAGCUGCACAGAAUGAAGAACCUCACACCUCCCAAGAAACUAUAGACACUAGUAAUUGGCACAACGUGCCUAUCAAGUAUGAACCCAAUUUUGAGCCAAAAAUCAGCGUAGUCGCGAUUAAGCAGGAGCCUGAAGAUGACGAGGGAACCGAUGACAGCUCCAACUACAUCUUACCAGACGUGAUCCCACCCAAGGCGUCUAACAUAUACAUUAGCGAUGUGUCAGAAGAAAUACUUAGCCUGAAUUCGACCAUCGACGGUAAAUACAUGUGUCCGAUAUGCCACAAGCGUUUCGCGAACAAGGGAAACGUGCAAAGACACGUGCUGUUACACACGCGCGAAAAACUGGAGUGUAAUGUAUGUUUCAGACAAUUCGUCAAACAAGCGCAUUACCAGAAACACCUCCUGACCCAUUCUACAGAAAAGAGGUACAAGUGCGAAGAAUGCGGAAAAAUGUUCAGAACAACAUCAAAUUUAGAGCAGCACAAGAGAAUACAUCUAGCAGUAAAGCCCUACGAGUGUCAAACCUGCCUGAGACAAUUUGCAGUUAAGGCGAAUCUAGUUAAGCACUUAAAAAGCACAAAUAGGUGCAAGGUGCCAAAUCCAGAGCCACUCGUCUGCGAAUUCUGUAAUAAAGUUUUCCAAAAGGAAUUCUUACUUAAAAGUCAUUUGAGAAGGCAUACAACUGAGCGGCCGUACCAGUGUGAACGAUGCCAGAUGAGUUUUAAAUAUAAAUCUACUUUGAUUCGCCACGUCCAACUGCACAACGGCAUCAAACCAUACUCCUGUAAAAUAUGCAAAAAGAGAUUUACCCAUUCGGGUCUAAUAAAGCCCCACAUGAGGAAACACACGGGCGAAAAACCGUAUCCAUGUCCGAUUUGCAAUAAAAACUUUGCCCACAAACACAACAUGCAGAGACACACACUCAGACACUCAAAAGUUAAGCAUUUGGUGUGUGAUAUUUGCAAUAAAACAUUCCCAAAGGAAAGCAGAUUGAAAUAUCACAUGCGGACUCACACUAAAGCCAAACCGUUCGUUUGUCAAGUGUGCGGUAAGACAUUUUCUCACAGACAGAACAUAGUAAGGCAUUACAGUCGGAAACAUCCAAAUGACACGUAUAAUUGUAAAGACACGGAUGCGAGUGUCGCUAAGGAUGUCUGGGAGAAGGUUCUUAAGUCUAAAAAUAUGCAAAUUAAGUCGGAAAUAUCUGAAAUGAAGGAUGUUGCCAGUGAAGUUAAAGUAGAAAAAUAAUUUCGGAUAUGAUUAAUCAUAUCUCAUAAUGUUUUAGUUAAUUUAGUCUGUCGUUGUAAUGAAGUGGUUAAAACUUUAAAAGGCUCUCUUGAAA